GGCGGGGCGGGCCAGGCCUCUGAAGAGGGGAUCAUUCGUCCAUGUGCAAGCGUGCCAACAGGGCCGCGUCGCGGGGCGGGUCCCUGGAGCUGGGGGUGGGUCGCGCUCCGUGGACCCGGUAGCCACACAGGCUCUGUCCCAGGUGGAGGUGGUCUGUGGCGCUUCGUUCCCGGGGCACCCGUAGCUCUGGCGGAGUCUGCGCGAUGGGCGACCCGGAAAGGCCGGAAGCGGCCAGGCCGCAGCCGGAUGAGAGAUUAUCUUCAGAUACCGGUGAAAAUGCGAUGAAGUCAAAUGAAGAACCACUUCUAAGAAAGAGUUCCCGCCGAUUUGUCAUUUUUCCAAUCCAAUACCCUGAUAUCUGGAAAAUGUAUAAACAAGCUCAGGCAUCCUUCUGGACAGCAGAAGAGGUUGACCUAUCAAAGGAUCUUCCUCACUGGAACAAACUUAAAUCUGAUGAGAAGUAUUUUAUCUCUCACAUCUUAGCCUUUUUUGCAGCUAGUGAUGGAAUUGUAAAUGAAAAUUUGGUGGAGCGCUUUAGUCAGGAGGUACAGGUUCCAGAGGCUCGCUGUUUCUAUGGCUUUCAAAUUCUCAUCGAGAAUGUUCACUCUGAGAUGUACAGUUUGCUAAUAGACACUUAUAUCAGAGAUCCCAAGAAAAGGGAAUUUUUAUUUAAUGCAAUUGAAACAAUGCCAUUUGUUAAGAAAAAAGCAGAUUGGGCCCUGCGGUGGAUAGCAGAUAGAAAAUCGACUUUUGGGGAAAGAGUGGUGGCCUUUGCUGCAGUAGAAGGAGUUUUCUUCUCUGGAUCUUUUGCUGCAAUAUUCUGGCUAAAGAAGAGAGGUCUCAUGCCUGGCCUCACUUUUUCCAAUGAACUCAUCAGCAGAGAUGAAGGACUUCACUGUGACUUUGCUUGCCUGAUGUUUCGGUACUUAGUAAACAAGCCUUCAGAAGAAAGGGUCAGGGAGAUCAUUGUUGAUGCCGUCAGAAUUGAGCAGGAAUUUUUGACAGAAGCUUUGCCAGUUGGACUCAUCGGAAUGAACUGUGUUUUGAUGAAACAGUAUAUUGAGUUUGUAGCUGACAGAUUACUUGUAGAACUUGGAUUCUCAAAGGUUUUUCAUGCAGAAAAUCCAUUUGAUUUUAUGGAAAACAUUUCUUUAGAAGGGAAAACAAACUUCUUUGAGAAACGAGUUUCAGAGUACCAGCGUUUUGCAGUUAUGGCAGAAACCACUGAUAAUGUCUUCACUUUGGAUGCAGAUUUUUAAAAUCCCUCCCUUAUUUAAAACCUUAUAAACCCUUCUCUGGUAAGCAACAGUCUGUACUUCUCUGUUUGUUUGGUUUUUUAGUUGUGGGCUUGAACUCAGGGCCUGGUUGCUGUCCCUGAGCUCUUUUGCUCAAGGCUAGCCCUCUACCACUUUGAGCCACAGCUAAACUUCUGGCUUUUGUUUUUGAUAGGAAGUUUCUCCUUUAAUGGAAUGGAAGCUUGACUGGAAGGAAAUCUGAAACCAGAUUCUAAUCAAGCUGAAUUUAUGCAAACACAUUGCCAUUUUCCUUUAUAACAGCAAGAAUGUGACCUAACUUUAUUUUGUCACCAGAAUACAACGUGGCAUUGAAAAUAUGGGUUUAAGGGUCAAAUAAGAGUUUGAAGUUUUGCCCUUAAUUCGUUGUAUGACCCUUGGUGAAUCAGGUCAUCUCUGUAAACAUCAAUGUACUUAUCUUUGAAAUGGGUGCAAUAGCAUGUUCUUAAAUUCAUAGUCGUAUGAUGGUUAAAGAGGCAAAAAUAAGUGCUUAACCAGUAAUCCUACCUCUGCUGCCAUGAGUACUACUAAUUCUUAUUCAUGGGAUGCAUCGCCAUGGUACUGUGAUUCAUGCUGUCUUCUCCUCAAAGUCAUUGUGAUUCCAGGUCCUAAGAUAUUGAUGUAUAUAUUUUUAAUGUUUGGAGGAAGAAUAUAACAUUUUCCUUAGAAAAAUCAGAUUCUCAUCAACAUGAAAAUGACUUCAUUUCUCAGUGUGUGUUUGCUUGGGGAUACGUGCUUAAUGGAGUGGAAGCCAGGAAGUUUACCUUGUAAGUAAAAUGAUUCUUUAGGAAUUCAAAAGGUAAUGGUUGCCAGAUAUAACCCUGGAAUGUUUAGAACUAGGACCAGAAUAGUCAGUUCCCCAAAUGGAUUUUCUCAUCUGUUUCACCCUGUAGAAUUUUGCGGUAAAAAGAGAUCUAGUGGUAAAAUGCACUGGGGCCAGGGGCCUAUGUCUCAUGCUUGCAUUGUAGCUAGUCGGGAGUAAUUCUAGUCAGGAGGCUGGGAUCUGGGGUUUGUCAUUUUAAGGCAGUUCAGGCAGGAAAGUUUGUGAGGCCCUUAUCUCUAAUUACGUACCAAAAAAGCUGGAAGUAGAUUUAUGGUUCUAAUGGUAGAGAGCAAUCCUUGAGCAAAAACCCCCAAGGACAGCACCUAGACACCGAGUUCAAGGCUCAGGACCAUCACACACACAAAAAUGCAUUGAGGAAUGUUGUACAGUCCUUCCUUAGAAUGUAUAGUCAGUGUAUCAAAGACACUGCAGUACUGAAACUCAUCUCCUCCCACAUCAAUCCCACACUUAUUCAGCACCCCUGGUUUCCUGUUACCAUCUCCCUUUGCUUGUUCCUCAGAACAUAGAUUAGACCUGAGAUAGACUUCAGUGUGCUGUUACAAGAAGGCGUUCUUUCUGGAACCAUGUAUACCCAUCAUGCUGAUAGAUGGCCAGGAGAGGCAGGUGGGUAUCUCUAGGGGCAGUACAACAAAAGCCAGGAGCCAGGAUAUCUAGGAAGCCUGCCCUCUCUCCAUUUUUAGGAAGUAUCAAGAGGUACCCUGAUUCCCUACUCACAGUAAACUAAAUUCUAGAAGCUAAGAUUGAGAACUUUUUUUCUGUUUUUAUUCCAUUUAUGCUACAACUGUCUAAUUGGCCCAAACUGGGAAAUCUCAAGUGAAUGCAAAAGGACCGGUUCAUAACUUUAAUAUUAGAGUUGGCAUAUUUUGGCUUAGGGGAAUAAUGCUAAUUUGUUUCGUGGUUUGCAGUGUGCUAAAUAUUUUCUUAUUUGAUCUCCCAAAGGCCUUUUGAGCUUGACAGAGCAGUGUAAUUGAAACAUUACAGAUGGAGCCUCAUGACUUAGCUAAAUCUCAUAGCCACUGUUCUGUAUAACAUAAUAAUUUGUUUUAAGGUUUUCCCAUCUUUUAAAUUUAAUUCUUUUUAUCCAUUUAAGUUGACUUUGCCUGCUUCUUUGUGUCACAAACUAUGACAGUGUUAAUGUGUAUGAUACUUUACUUAGAAUAUCAAAGUGUCACGGGGAAACAUUUGGAUUAUAUUCAGGUAACAUGUUCAAAGAUAAUUACUACCAUACAAAAACAUUUAAAACUGAUAAUAUCUAUAAUAAUAGAAUGAAAGAAAAGUUUUACAGUACUUAUUCACUUAAUUUUGAAUCCAAAUUUUCUCAUGAAUAAUGACAGUUGCCUUAAUGUGAAGUUAUUUAUAAUAGCAGUAAGCAUAACUUUUUGGAGGAAGAAAAUGAAAAUACUGGAUUUUUAAUACACUGAUUUAUUACAUUCAGUAGUCUCUACUUUCCCAUGCCUCCAGGUUGCACAUUUGUUUAUUAUGCUUAGUACUUUUGUUCUUAGAUCUUAAAGAAUCAAAAGGUUGUGGAAUCCCUUUUUACUGUCUCACAAAUAAAAAUAUAAA